CGGUCACAACAACAUCCAUGAUGCUGCUGGGGCACUGCGCCUGCGCACACGAUGGACAGCUGAUAACUCAUCUAUUAUGCUACUUGGCUAAAAUAAAAACGUUGGAGAAAUCGGACGGUAACCCGCCGCUGGACGCACCGGAGCACCGAAACACGAAGUUGUGCGAUGGGAGUUUGUCUCCUCUGGGGAAACAUCGAGCUUAAGCCUCCCCAGCAGCACCUGGACUGAACUGAACACACCCCCUCCUCACACCUGUGUGCCCUCACACACACACACACACACACACACACACACACACACACACACACACACACACACACACACACACACACACACACCCUCCUCCCGCAGAGGGAGGUAGUUUUCUCACCUCCAGGCCGAACCCUGCCGUCCCACGGUGCAUUGCUGCGUCUCCGCCGUCCACCAUGUCGGACGCCCCUGAGGCUGCCCCCCCCAGCCCCCCCGCCCUCACCAACCCGCCCCCCCCUGAGGUCACCAACCCCACCAAGCCGGGCAGGAAGACCAACCAGCUGCAGUACAUGCAGAACGUGGUGGUGAAGACUCUGUGGAAGCAUCAGUUCGCCUGGCCCUUCUACCAGCCGGUGGACGCCAUCAAGCUGUGUCUGGCGGACUAUCACAAAGUGAUCAAGAACCCCAUGGACAUGGGAACCAUCAAGAAACGUCUGGAGAACAACUACUAUUGGAGCGCCAGCGAAGCCAUGCAGGACUUCAACACCAUGUUCACCAACUGUUACAUCUACAACAAGCCUACAGAUGACAUCGUCCUCAUGGCUCAGGCUUUAGAGAAGAUUUUCCUGCAGAAAGUUGCUCAGAUGCCUCAAGAAGAAGUUGCUCUGCUGCCCCCGGCUCCCAAAGGCAAGAACAAGAGCAAGCAGCCGGCCGCUACUACAGUGAGUCAGCAGGCGGAGUCUUCAGCCUCCCCUCCCCCCUCCUAUCCCUCCCCCUCACCUUCUCAGACACCGGUCAUCUCGACCACGCCCACACCUGUACAGACCACGCCCCCUGUGUCUGCCCCGCAGCCCCCGGCAACCAUGAUGCCAUCUGCACAGCCUGUCGUCAAGAAAAAAGGUGUGAAGAGGAAAGCCGACACCACCACUCCGACCACGUCAGCAAUCUCCGCCGGUCGCGCCGACUCUCCAUCCGCUCAGGACACCAAACCGGCCAAACUUGGCUCAUCUCGCCGUGAAGCCGCCGCUCGCCCGGCAAAGACCCGGCGGGAGACGGGUGAGGAGGUGGCGGGAGGCGAGGUGGGCGGCGGCGGUGGCGCGGCGGGUGGGAGGAAAGGCGGGAAGCUCGGCGAGCAGAUGAAGCACUGUGACGCCAUCCUGAAGGAGAUGCUGUCGAAGAAACACGCCGCCUAUGCCUGGCCUUUCUACAAGCCGGUGGACGCCGAGGCACUGGAGCUACACGACUACCACGACAUAAUCAAACACCCCAUGGACCUCAGCACUGUCCGGAAAAAGAUGGAUAAAGGAGAGUACAGUGACCCUCAGAGCUUCGCCACCGAUGUCAGGUUAAUGUUCUCCAACUGUUACAAGUACAACCCUCCAGACCACGAGGUGGUGGCCAUGGCCCGCAAGCUGCAGGAUGUGUUUGAGAUGCGGUUCGCUAAGAUCCCAGAUGAGGGCCUGGAGGCGUCGGUUCCUUCUACCACCCCAUUGGUCAGUAAAAGCACCGCCUCCUCCGAGAGCAGCAACAACUCCUCCUCCGACGAAUCGUCCGACUCCGAGGAGGAGCGAGCCACGCGAUUGGCUGAGCUUCAGGAGCAGGUUGGUGCUGCCGACCAAUCACAGUUGAAGGCGGUGCACGAGCAGCUGGCCGUCCUGUCCCAGGCUCCGGUCAGUAAGCCAAAGAAGAAGAAAGAGAAGAAAGACAAGGAGAAGAAGAAGGACAAGGACAAAGAAAAAGGGAACAAGACCAAGAUGGAAGAGGAGAAGAAGCCGAAGGCUGCAACCCAGCAGCCCAAACCAGCCAAUCAGAAGAAGGCGCCCGCCAGAAAAGCCAACAGCACGGUGACGGCCACCAGGCAACCGAAGAAAGGCAGCAAGACGUCGGGCGGCGGCUCCGCCAACGGAGACGACGGCGAGGAGUCGUCACUGCCAAUGUCGUACGACGAGAAGCGACAGCUGAGUCUGGACAUCAACCGGCUGCCGGGAGAGAAGCUGGGCCGAGUCGUCCACAUCAUCCAGUCCAGAGAGCCGUCGCUGAGGGACUCCAACCCCGACGAGAUCGAGAUCGACUUCGAGACGCUCAAACCCUCCACACUCCGAGAGCUGGAGCGCUACGUCAAGUCCUGCCUGCAGAAGAAGCAGAGGAAGCUGCUGCAGAAGGCAGCAGGAGGCGGGGCCUCUGGAGGCGGAGCUAGUCGUUUGAGUGGCAGCUCCUCUUCCUCCUCUGAUGACAGCUCCUCAACAGGAACCUCCUCUUCUUCCGACACAGACUGAACACACACUCACACACAUUACUGAACACACGCACACAGAGGUUUAUACACACACACACACACACACACACAGAGGUUUAUACACACACACACACACUGACACGUGUUAACUUCCAUCCUGGACAUACACAAAAACAAAAGACAGAUACACACUCUGAACUUCUUACCACAGAGACACACACACAUAUGACCCCACGCAUACACACACACACAGACACACGCCCAGACGUGGAGACUGUAUGUAAAUACGCUGAACCGUUUUUUAGCUCCUAGUGUUGUUUCGUUUUUCCUGGAGGACGCAGACAGACACCAGAGGAGGAGUAGAAGAACGCAGCAACGUCCAGCAGCAAGAGAAGAAGAAGGAGGAGCGGUGGGUGGAGCCAGCAGCUGGGGAGGCGGGAUCUGGAGACGAAUGAGGCGUUCUUCCUCCUCCUCUGGUGGGUGGCGGCUAGCGGUGACCCCUGACCUCUGGACACAUUCCUGGAGCAUCAUGGGAGACGAGGACAGGUGACCUCAGGGGGGUUCUGGAUGUUGAGCGAUUGGAAACGAGGAGAGACGAUCAGGUCGGUUUGGUUUGAAGACAUUUGGCUGCAGAGAGACAAUCCGCUACAAUCCAGAAAUAUUGAUCACUUCGUUAUCGAUUAGUCUGAUCACGUACAUCUUUUAGUUUCCAAACAAUCCCAAACCAAAGAUAAUCAGUUCAACUUUGAGCUCUUUCCUCCAAUCAGAUCCUGAAGCAGCCCAAGAUUCUUUCAAUUCUCAGUGUGUUGAUUAAAAUAAAUGGUGAAAACAUAGUUUGUAAAUUCCUGUCUGAACAUCUUCACGUCUGAGAAGCUGGAACCAGUGAAUGUUUGGAGGUUUCCUCAAACACCUGCAGGAAAGAAUCCAUGAAUCAAGUUACAGAAAUAAUCUGAAGCAUUUUAAUACUCUGUUCUGGACAGUUAAAGGUCUUUAGUUCAUCUCAGACUCAGCUGGAACCUCUUUAAACCGCUCUGGAUCGUCUCUCUGCUCACUGGGAUGUCUGCUUGUAGAAUCCUUCCCCCUGCUGGUCCUGCAGGGCGUCACACUGCAGCUACACAAACUUUUCUUUUUUUUUUAACACUACAUUUACUUUUAUUUUCUUUGAUUUUUCAGGUUGUGUGCUGAACUUGUGUCUUAUAAGGUUCUCUAUAUAAAAAUGUAUUUGUACCGCUGUCCUGUUCGAAGCCCCGCCCCCUCGCCAAAUCAACCACUCAUACUGUAAAGACCGACCGGUUCCGGCUCCCGUUCUUUUAAAGCUUAUUUUAGCCCAAGAUGAUGAAAGUCUGUCCGAUGAACGGCUCGUAUUUAUUCAUGGACUCGUGUUUUUAUGAUUUUUAGUGUCCCAGAAUAAAACCAAACCUUCACCAGGAGCUUCAGAGCAGCCUCCUGAUUGGCUGCAGCGGCUCUGAUCGGUAACCAAUAAGGAGAUUGAUCAGCUCCCUUCAGGCGAUCAUGUGACCUGCCGUCGGGUGAUGUGAUGUCAUCAGUAGUUUGAGGAAGUGAUGUCGAGAUAGUACCUGUCGGUCAAUCGUGUGUUUAAGACUCGGUUCUGGUUCCAGGUUCUGGAAUUCUUGAGAUCUAGAGUUUCUGAUUGGCUCGGGCUUCAUUCUGGGAUUUAUUGUCACAUGAUUGAAGAUCAUGAGGUCAUUGGUUCUUGAUAAUAGAUUGGCUGGAGGUCGGUUCUCGUCAGCUUCCUGCUUCUUCAUGUCUCCGAUACUCUCGUGACGUCUUGGGGAUGAAAGUUUGGUUUUAUCAGGGGUGACUAUCAAACUUUACCCCAAUGACAACAACGUGUCCAAAGUUAUUCAGAAUCUGCCUUAAAUGAGUUAAAAUGACAAAAAAAUGGUCCAAAUCACCUGAGACUGGUCUAAAAUGAUUUGUAGAUCAUCCAGUCUACUUCAAGCUCAUCUAGAAUGCCUCAAAACCUUUGAGUCAACAUUCUAGCCAACAAUAUUAUGGGAUGUAUCCUAGUAGGAACAGUUUAGAGCCCUAGAAGCAAUCAUUGGUUCCCUGGAUGUGGUUCUGGUUUCUGAUAAUGCACCAGAGGAACCUGUAAGAAGUGAUAAAUCUGGACCCACCUCGAUGGACUUCCAGGACCUGGAAUGUUCUAAGAGAGACUAAACUUAAAGACUGGAAGCAGGAAAGGAGAACGUCCCCUGAAGAAAGUUCUACAGUAGACCUACCGACAACUGGAGAAAGUUCUAGAGUAGCCCUACUGACAACUGGAGAAAGUUCUAGAGUAGCCCUACUGACAACUGGAGAAAGUUCUAGAGUAGACCUACCGACAACUGGAGAAAGUUCUAGACUAGACCUACCGACAACUGUACAGUUAUCGGUAGGUCUACUCUAGAACUUUCUCGAGGGGACAUUCUCCUCUAUGGACGCCAAGGACCUGGAAUGUUCUAAGGGAGACUAAAAGUUCAAGAAAGUUCUAGAGUAGAACUACUGACAACUUUGGUAGGUCUACUCGAGAACAUCCCAUGUAGAAAGUUCUAGAGUAGACCUACCGAUAACUCUACAGUUGUCGAUAGGUCUACUCUAGAACUUUCUCCAGUUGCCGGUAGGUCUACUCUAUAAAUUUCUCCAGUUGCUGGUAGUUCUACUCUAGAACUUUCUCCAGUUGCCGGUAGUUCUACUCUAGAACUUUCUCCAGUUGUUGGUAGUUCUACUCUAGAACUUUCUCCAGUUGCCGGUAGUUCUACUCUAGAACUUUCUCCAGUUGUUGGUAGUUCUACUCUAGAACUUUCUCCAGUUGUUGGUAGUUCUACUCUAGAACUUUCUCCAGUUGUUGGUAGUUCUACUCUAGAACUUUCUCCAGUUGCCGGUAGGUCUACUCUAUAACUUUCUCCAGCUGCCGGCAGUUCUACUCUAGAACUUUCUCCAGUUGUUGGUAGUUCUACUCUAGAACUUUCUCCAGUUGUCGGUAGGUCUACUCUAUAACUUUCUCCAGUUGUCGGUAGGUCUACUCUAGAACUUUCUCCAGGGGACGUUCUCCUCUAUGGACUUCAAGGACCUGGAACUCUGGAGAUAUUUCCAGUCUGAAGGUACAACUCUGAUCAUUGGUAAAGUUCCAUCACAACAAUACCGACCAAUGAGGUGUGAGAUCUAUUUUAACUGGUCAGACGAGCUGCUGAGGAGCUUUCUGAUUGGCUCGGGCUUCGUUCUGGGAUUUAUUGUCAUGUGAUGAAAGAUGAUGAGGUCAUUGGUUCUUGAUUAUUGAUUGGUUGGAGGUCGGUUCUCAUCAGCUUCCUGCUUUUUCGCGUCUCCGAUCAUCUUGUGACGUCUCGGGGAUGAAAGUUUGGUUUUAUCGGCGGCGACUAUCGGACAGUCGGACAGCCUGUUGCCACAGUAAUCCUCCUCUGUUUGUUUUUAGUUGAUGGUCGAGCUUUGACGCUAAUAGUUAAUUUUUGUAUUUUAAUAAGAAAAAGGAAAAAAAGUGAUUUUAUGUAUUUGCAUGCACUCCGGCCGUACGUUCUUCCUUCCGUAUGUUUGAGCACUGUAUAGUAGCUGUAUAGUAGCUGUCUGAGGUUAGAUGGAACUAGAGGCAGAGAGGACGAACCGACGAAAACCAACAAGUGAAUUAUUUGAUGUAAUUACUGAUAUGGGAUCCUUAUUUUCUGAGUUCAUUUGUUUUCAUAAAUAAACACGUAAACCGA